GGGAGAAUGAGAGUAAGGAGAGUUUCAGGGCACCGAAAUCAAAGUCUUACUCUUUUCGAGUGUGGAGCUCUUCUCGCCGUGUCUCCGAUCAGGGUUGAAGUGGAUUGCAAGUACUGGAGCUUAGUUUAGAGGAAUGGGGAGCCAGGAGGUUAAGCAGCUUGAGGAUUGCACUGUUGCCAACGCAUUGGGUACUUGGGUAUUCUCAGUAGCAGGGGCUUUGCUAGCAAUUCCGGUGGGGAUAAAAAGGAAAUCUUUAGGGCCACUUGUGUUCUUUGGCACAACUGGUACCAUGCUUGAUAUCAUUAUGGGGAUCACUCAGUGUGAAAGAGAACAUGCCGAACGCCAAGCAAAGCUAUCAGAAGCACAAAACUCUGCAACCAAUGCUUCUUUAUCUGAGACCGGAGCCGAGUAUCCGUCUUUUUCCGAAACCGGAGCUGAGUCUUCGACUUGACAAUAUGGAGCAAUAUGCAACAUGUUUCAAUUACUCUCGGAUUUUGCUGUAAAAACUGAAUACUCUUUUCUCAAUGACCUGUGGUUUUAAUUCUGCCUUCACUUUUACUUGAGUUAAUAAUCACACAAUAGUAACUUCAAUUCAUUUGAUGAUUUUGAUCUUUCUUGCAUCUAAUUACCAAGAGUUCAUUCCAAG